CGCAACAAGGAAGGCGAGGAGACGCUCUUUAUUAUUAGGAGGGAAGCGGAGGGGGAGAGAGUGCGAGACGGCACAGACCGCGGCGGGGUGAACGGGAGCGAGGAGGACACCCGACAGUCGGCUGCGUCGCUCGGAUGGUGUUGUUGAUCCGGACGCGGAGACGAUGCGGCCACACUGCUGGGUGAUGGUGGCGCUGGCUGGCAUCAUGUCGUACCUCAGCCCGGAGAGAGCGCUCGGGGCGCCGCAGAGGGAAGUUUCUCAGACCAGAGCUGAAUCCCUCUCUGCUCCUCCUUAUGUUGUCAUUCUCAUCUCCUGCUCGGGGCUCGUCUCUUUCGUCCUGCUGCUCCUCACCUGCCUCUGCUGCAAGAGAGGGGGAGUGGGCUUCAACGAGUUUGACAAUGCAGAUGGCGAGGAGUGCUCUGGAGUCUCCAGUCCCAUCCAAGAGGACAGCCUGUCUUCAUGUCCCUCCCUCCCUGAAGUCUACACCUUGCCAGUUAGAGACCGCCACAGCUGCUCUGCCCUGCAAGAUGGAGCCGACUCCAAAUCUCAGCGCUUCAAAAGACACACUUUAAACUACCUUCAGGAGAUAGGAAACGGCUGGUUUGGGAAGGUGAUCCUGGCUGAAGUGCUGUGCGACUGCAGCUCCUCUCAGGCGGUGGUGAAGGAGCUACGAGUGAGCGCCAGCCCCCUCGAGCAGAGGAAGUUCCUAGCCGAGUCUGAGCCGUACAGGAGCCUCAAACAUCCCAACAUUCUUCAGUGUUUGGGUCAGUGCAGCGAGACCAUCCCGUUUCUACUCGUCAUGGAGUUUUGCCAACUGGGGGACUUGAAGAGAUAUCUGCGAGCUCAACGCAAGUCCGAUGGGAUGACUCCAGACCUGCCGACCAGGGACCUCCUGACUCUUCAGAGAAUGGCCUUUGAGAUCACUUCAGGUCUGCUGCAUCUUCAUGAAAACAGCUACAUCCACAGUGAUCUGGCUUUAAGGAACUGCCUUCUGACCUCGGACCUCACAGUCAGGAUCGGUGAUUAUGGUCUCUCACACAAUCACUAUAAGGAGGACUAUUACCUGACUCCUGACAAACUGUGGAUCCCACUGAGAUGGAUCGCUCCUGAGCUGCUGGAGGAGUACCGAGGAUCUCUCAUCGUCACGGACCAAACCAAGACCAGCAACGUGUGGUCUUUGGGGGUGGUGAUUUGGGAGCUGUUUGAGUUUGGAGCUCAGCCCCACAGACACCUGAGUGAUGAAGAGGUGCUCACCUUUGUCAUCAGGGAGCGACAGAUCACGUUGGCUCAGCCCCGACUGAAACUCUCCCAUGCAGAUUACUGGUAUGAAAUCAUGCAGUCCUGUUGGCUCCCCGUGUCACAGCGGCCCUCUGUAGCUGAAAUAUUCCUCCUCCUGUCCUCCCUCCUCACUGCUGAGCAAGGGUUGGCAAGAAGGAGUGUUGGAGAAGAGGAUGAAGAUGAUGAGGAGUAUCAGGAGAGCAGAGGAAGGAGAGGAGAGAGUGAGGAGUCAUUUGAAAGACGCUGGAAUCUGCUGCGUCCUCCGGCCUUUCGGGCUGCAGCAAACGAGCGGCAUCGGGACAGAGAGUACAUCAGGAAUAGCAGAGACAGCUCCUACCCCCUCCUGGACCCUGUAGGGAACUGCAUUACCCCAUCCUCUACUGAACUGGAUGACAUCCUGACUGUUACAGAGACUAGCAAAGGCUUGAACUUUGAGUAUUUGUGGGAAAAAGCUCAUGCCAGACGAGGCUACAAGCCCCUUCCUCCUCCUCAGCAAAUCCCCACUGUGAACAAUAACCACAGACAGUCUUUAGACACCCCCACGGUGGUGCCGGUGAUCAGCGCCCGUAGCCCCUCGCUCGCCAGCGAGUACUACAUCAGACUGGAGGAGCACACACCCCAGGACAAGUCUCCAACUCUUAAAGGCAUGUCCCAGUCGUCCCUGCGGUCUAAUUCUGUUUGUCCGGGAGACGUGGAGCUUGUGGAGAUUCGCAGCGGAAUGCUGGGAAAAGAGCGAGUCCCGUAUUGUUCUUCUGAGAAGAGCAAAAAGACGCUCCACACGAUCCGAUCGAGCGAGGUGCAGCUCCAGGUGCCGAACACGGGAGUGGCUGAGUUCAGAGACGCGUCCAGCAGGGUGACGGACUUCUCCGUGGUCGACUUGGACGACGAUGACGACGUGGAGAAUAAAAAGACAAACGAGGGACACAAAAACUCCUCCACGACAUUUCAGGCACCGCUCCUCCCUCCCAAGCCUCGCACCAUGUCCUUGUCCAACCACCUCCACUCCCGCCCCCUCCCUGCCCCCCCGCUCGGAUAUAGAGGUCUGCCUCACUACACCAUCAGUGGCAAAAUCGAGACAGACCCCCUGCACACGAGCUCCUGCCCGCCUUCUACCUUUGAUCACCUCAGCCUCCAUCGCUCUCGACUGACUCUGCCCCCCUCCCCGUCCCUCUCCCCCUCCAUCCCCCCAUCGAGCCAUCCGAUAUACCCUCAAACCUGUCCUCCCCCUCUUCCUCCCCACUCCAAGCCUCAGAGAUGUGCUCCAGGUUACAGCACAGACCUGAGAUAUGCCAAGCCACAGAUGCAGAGAUCCAACAGAGACCCACUAUCCUGUGACGUGUCUGAUAUCGAGGAUGACAACCAGCUGUUACACCCCUCCAUGGAGGCCUCUCACUCCCGAGUGAAAGACUUUGACUCUCCGAUUCGUAGAGAAAACCCUUUGCGUCCUAUUUACAGAAACCCGCCUCGACCUCAGACAGCAAACAUCCAGAUCGACAGACAGUCUUCUUCAAGUCCCACAUAUUCAGACGAGGACGACUCCCCCUUUACGUCUCCCGAGAGGCCCGGAAACGGGAUGACCGUCACGCACUCCAGCCUAUCUGAAGAUGCGGACCCAACCACAGCAGAGCUCUUCUCCAGGGGAAUGAAGCGAACCCAGUCGCGCCUCGACACCAUUCUGCCCAACAUUUGGAGGGAAGAUGCAGAACUUCAGGCAGAGUGUGUCGCGGCGGCCAACAAAUCCCCAAUGCAUCUGUUUUUGACCGAGAUCUCGAGCGCGACAGAGCUGAGUGAGCCCAAGUCGGAGGAAGAGGAGGAGGAGGAAGAGAAAAAAGAUGGAGAGGGAUGGGGGAACUUUGUACCCCCCAACAAAGGGAUACGCCGCACCCAGUCGCUGAUCACGGAGCUUGGCCCGCCAGGACAUGUGUGGGGACAAGAGAACCAUGUCAACAGGACAAGUUUUGUGGAGAACACUUCAACAGCAGACGAGUCUUUCCAGGGGGAUCUUUUUCUCACAGAGAUUGACACAGAAAUUGUGGACACUGAUGUGAAUGAAGGGUCAGAAAAUGAUCCAGUUAAAUAUCUCUAUCCUGCAGGAUCCAGGUUGCGGCCUUAUGUCUGCAGCCCCGGAAGAGAGUCGGAGGAAACCAACACCAAAGUAAUGAGGAGAUCUCGAUCCCUGGUGACUGAGAUCACGGUUGAAAAGCAAGAAUCUGAAAUCCAGAAUCCACAGAGAACUGAAAUGACCAGAGAGGAAUUCCUGAAAGAGAUCCAGUCUGCGGAGACAUUCUUAACCGAAAUCAUCUCGAGACAAAACGCUGCCCCGAGCAAGACGGAGUCAGAUCCGCCCUGCUCUCCCACUCCUCUGUCUCCUGAAUACGAGUCCAUUUGCUUUGACCCAAACUCCACUCAGACCAUCAGAUUUCAGUCAGAGAGCUCCAUACGGGCGUCAAACAGAGGCAGAGAUGACAAUCAGACUGAGGCUAUCUAUGCACAAGUGACCAAACGUGCUAAAAAGAGUGAGAUCAAAGUUUCCAUCAGACCUGAGAUCCCCAAACUCCACAUAGGAUCAAAUAAACAGCCUCUGAUUCUGAACAGCCAAGGAAACCAUGCCGAUCACUGCCAGUCCGAGGAGUUUGUGUUUUCAGAAGUCGUGCCCAAAAAUGGUCUGUUACACAAUCAAACACUCCGGUGUCAGAAAGAAGAUCAGGAGGAGGAGUGUUCAGACGGACCUGCUUUACCUGCCAGAGGAGAUCUAACAGAUCUGUCUCCUUCUGCUGAGAGAACAGACUCCAACACUGUGAUCCAACUCCAGAACAAACAUAAAACGGACUUUGAGGCCUCUAAAAGUACAAAAUCCUCUAAUAAUAAAAACUUUGCAAAUGGAGAAAAGGUGAAUAAUCAUGAAAACGGCAGUCAUAUCCAAACUGAACCCGAUCCCGGAGCCAGUCCUGGCACUCCAGAGUGGAAUCCAUCCUCUGAUGUCUCGCUCCCCACCCCCACUGACUCGGUCUUGUCACCUCUGACCUCCAGCUCAGCGGACGGCCUAACACCCAGUGACUCAUGGACAGGAUCGGGUGGAGGGGGAGGCAGUGGGUGGCGGGCUCUGGGAAGCGACACACCACAUAGAGAUUCUGCCUACUUCUCAGACAGCGACUGGGAGGGUGACGGGAUGAUCCGGAGGGGCGGUGACGGACUCCCCGCGAGGCCGAGCAGCGGGCGAGGCGUUGAGCGUGGAAUACUGUCAGGGAUAGAGGAGAAAACCGAAGAGGAGGGGGAGACGGGAGAAAAGAGCUCAUUACGAAACAGUGUACACACUUCUGGUUACGAAACAGGAACAGGAGAUCAAAAGACUGCAGAGAUUUGUGAAAAUGUGCACAUAGUGUCUCAAAAUACUUGUGAAAAUGACAUCUCUCAUUUAGACGAUGCUGUCAACAAAGGGCUGAAGUCCACACAAAGGGACGAUUCAGGCAUAUUUCACAACGAGAGCAAAAGCUCAACGCUUCUGUGUGAUGAUCCUGAAGUCAAGGGCUGUAUUGACCUCGUUGAUGAGUUGUUUUCCAGAUUAGACGAGGAACCACCGAAAGGGCUGCCACACAGCGACGGGGUUGAGAUGGACAGUCAUUACACGGAUGGCGUCAUUUCCAAAGUAACAGAAUACAAACACUCUGUGGAGGGUGACUUAAAUCUGCGCUAUGAAAGCCCCACAGAGACAGGUGGUUUGAUCAUUUCUGGACCAGGCGACCAGUCAAACGGUGGGGCGGGUGUCAGAGAAAAGGACCAAACUGGACUGAUGACCCUGAAACCUGGGAGUGGAGCGGUGGAUUCGCAAAGUGGCAACACAGAAUCCAGAUCGUCAAAGCUCUGUGGCGUUGAGGACACGUGUAGCGAAGAAGACCAGCCGUAUGAAGAUCACAAUGAGCUGGGUCUGAGGAACCUUCUCUGCUCCAGCCAUGCACCAGAUACGAGUGAUCUACUGGAGAUGGGGACACGUCAAACCUGUGGCGCGCUGGCAAAAACCACGGAGGACAAAUAUCCCAUUAGGAAAAACGACUCGGCUAAAAAUGUGAAUUCUUGUGAGCAGCUGGAUGUGAUGUCUGAAGACUGGUGGAAUGCUCUGGAAGAAGAUGAGGAAAGACCGGGAUCUGAAGUUGUAAGAGGGGAACUUGACUGUCACCGUGCGGCGCAGUCAGCGGAUUUCCACUUGUGGCCCGAUCAGAACGACCAGUGGGCUUCUCCUGAGAAGAGGAGCCAAGAGGUCGACCUGAGAUCCGAGUUUUGUUCUGGUAACAAGGAGUGGGAGGCAGGAGGGAGGCUGCUGGUGGGUCAGGAGUUCUGGGAGACUGAAGGAAAUGAUGAACUUCCAGGAAAUGAGCCUCACCCUGCAGCGUCAGGGGGCCACCAAGAAACCCAGACCAAGAGAAAACAAAGAACGAACAAUGAUCUUAUUGUGAGGGAAACGAUGGACUCUAAAUCAUCAGUCGAACAACAGACUGCUGCUGAAGUCCAGCAAGAAGAAAAUCUGGAGAAUCUGGAGGAGAUGGAUGGUUUUAAGGGGGAUGCUCAGGGAAAGACCUCAGAUUUUGAAGUAGAGAACGUAGAAAUUCCAGAAGAGGAGCCCUUUGUGCAAGGAGAGGGGCAGAUUUCCUUGUGCAUUAAGGGUGACAUGGAGGAGAAUCAAAAUUUUAACAGGUGGCCUCAGAAUCAACUCGGCAGCGUCCACAGAGUGGAGCAGACAGCUGUGAACGCUGACAGAGACUCCGAGAACCACUUCAGCCAGACUUUACAUAGUCAAAGCUCCAACAUAUCCAUCAGCAUCACCGAAGCUCCUCGGGAGAUGUUUACAGAUCAGCAAAACGAUGAUCAUAACUCAGAAGCUGAAACGAGAUUGCGGUACGCUAGGCGAUACGUCGAAGAAGAACUUCACGGGGUUGAGGAGGACUUUGAAGACACGCCGUCUCGUCCCAGCACCUUUGAACCGCUGAAGGAUGUGGAGCAGUCGUGUCCACAGGCCGAUAAUUUCAGCUCUGUAGAUUUUCCAAGUCCUCCACCGAGCAUAGACCUUGAUGUACAAGAUGAUAAACUGGAAAGUCUGGACGACUCUUUUCCUAGUCCACCACCCUCCAUUGUACAGGCAGAGGACUUUAUUACUCACAUCAAUCUAGAGGACUUUAUUGCCAGUUCUGAGACAGAGUCGUAUAUUCCCUCAACUAACAACACAGAAGUCUCAGAGCCGCUUCUGCAAGAUUUACCGCCCGCUACAACUCAGAAUAAAGGGAUCUUAGUCAAUCUGAACCUCCCCUCUGUGCACAUAACACUGGCUGAUGACAACAACUUUACGUCAAACACAGAAAGUCAAGAACAUCACGAGAACUUUAGCCCAACAGCUCCUUCCACACCCCAAGGUCCGCUGAACAACAUCCCAGAGUUAUUGAUCUCAGAGUGGAAGGACCUGGAUGAGGAGCCGUUAGAGGAUUUUGAGAAACUGGAACAGCUCUGUUGCAUCUCCGGGGAUGAAGAGGAGUCUCUGGGGGAGCUUUUCAUGGGGAACUUCGAGUUCCUGGAGUCUUUGAAGAAGACACCAAAACAAAAGAGCGGCAGCGUAGGUGAUACCGACGCCGGUGAUGGGAUAAGUGACGACUCGUCUCCUGAGGGAAGCAGGAUGGAUUUAAAGGCCGAAGACUCCAAUAAGUUGGAGGAAUCUAAUCAAACCACCAUCCUGGAUUCUGUAGACAGUUCGCCACUGCCAGAAGAGAGGAAAGAUGAUCAAGAAUCCAAAACAUCUGACGUCAAAAAUCAGGGAUCUCGUUCUAAGAAGACGGUCAAAAACGGCCUCAUGAUGCAGGUGUGUGAGGAGAGGCUGCAGUUCUCCCUGAGUGAAAAUGUGAAAACAAAUGUGCUUUGGGGGGCAGACGUAAAGGAGACGGUCACCCUUCGGCCGUGGGGGGAACAAGAGACAGAAAGCAGCAGUGAGCUGAAACACCAAACAGAGGAUGGAAGCCAAGAGGAACAGGAGGCUGCCUCCAGCAAUCAGCCCCUCACACAGUCUGAUCAAACUAAAUCUGAGCUGCUCACUGUGAUUGAACAACCUGAGAUCACCCCGUCUCAACCUGCUGCAAACCAAGCAAUGAAAGCGAAACUCGCUCGUCUGUCUCUCACGCUCCCUCCUCUUGCUCUGAAUCUUCCCCUCACUCCGACCGGAAAAGGAGGAUUUGGGGAUGGCCCCAUCGGAAAUCGUAUCGGAAGGCGAAGAGUUCUGUCAUCGGGAAGUGACCCGGACGAGGAAGAAGAAGAUGAGCAAGAGGAUGAGAGCUCCCACAGGGUGAUCGUCGUCACGGAGACAGAUGUGGACAAACGCAUUGGGCUGAGGAGUCUGCUGAAAUCCCCCAAAGAACCGCUGGACAGGGAGCGGGACAGAGGCAGGAAUGUGUCCUUUUUUGAUGAUGUCACGAUCUAUCUGUUUGAUCAGGAAACACCGACCAAUGAGCUGAGCGCAUCGGCUCCCACAAGUCCAGUAGCAGUGUCUGUUAAAAGCAGCAAGUUGGACUUUCAUGGGCCGAAAAAGGGCAAAGACUCCAAAAGGAAAGAGGACUUACCGAUCAAGCCGAGGCCGCCCGUGACUUCCUCCCGCUUCACUGUCAGCCCCGCCGAUGACCCCCACUCGGUGUGAUGUAGAACAUCAUCACAGGAACUCUCAGAGACGAGCCCUCUCCAGAGGGCAGUGAAUUUACCCAACAACCAGCCAUUCACCCAGAAGAUAUUUUUUUACUGAACAGGCGACCAGAACGUUGAGACGCUGACUCUGGACACAUUCCCGGACUUCGCCAGUGACAGGAUCUUGUAUGAAAAGUUAUCUGAGCUCCUGCCUGCCACUGUUUACAGAGUCUUUGGAAAUAUGAGCUUAUGUUGGAAAAAGAGCAACUUUGGAGCUUUGUAAAAUCUGAAACAACUUUGUCAGCUAUGCAGUGGGAGUCUUGCUGUGUACCAGCGUACCUUCUCUUUUCUCCUUUAUUCUGUUGAAUCGUUUUCUUAGGGUGUGUGGGAGGGAGAUGCACUUUCUUUAGUCGUUCAUCCGUCUGUGUAUACGCUUGGACUCUUCCCCAGUUUAUCCUCAACGACGUUUUUCUUUGCAGUCAGUCCGUCGUGCUUGUAGGCAGCAGUUUCAAGCAGACAUUUCCUGACUCCUGUAUCUGAAAAUACUCCUCAGCAUUUGUGCAAGUAUCACAACAUAGGUGGACACAAUAUUGUUUUAGAGCUUUUGCUUUAAGAAGCAAUCUUGGACUGCAAAAAAAGGUAUUUUACUUUGGAUUUGUAUCUUAGAAAAGCAUUUUUAAAAUUUGUUUUAUUUUUAUAUUUAUCAUACUGAUAGAAUUAUUUGCUGUAAACCAAGUUGUGCAAAUUAGUUAAUUAAUUUACCUAUUUAUUUAUUUGUUUAUUUAUAAGUUCAUUUAUUUGCUUUAGAGUAGUUAACAUUUAUGAAAUUUAUUUAGUUUGGGAUAAAGUGCAUCCAAGUUGUACAUUCUCUUAAGAUCUUCAUAACAAAUACAAUAUUUUCCCAAACAUUUUAAUUGCUGGAAGAAAAUGUAUUUCGAAUAAUUUUACUUGUUAAUAUAUUAUGACGAUCUUUACUGUGUGGAAAUCUCUCUCUCUCUCUCUCUCUCUCUCUCUCUCUCGGUCUUGGUCAACAUUUUCAGGAGCUUUACCACUUUUUUACUUGUUUGUUUGAUAAUGAUUAUUGUAGCUUAGCACCACAAAUCAGAGCUUUUCAUGAGUAAAUAAGUCAAUUUGUUUGUGUAUUUGUUGAUUAAUUUAUUCUUCUUUUUUUAACUAAUAACAGUUGGUCAUGCUGCAGAGGUCCGGCAAGUCUGUUUAGUCUGUUUCAAUGUUAAACUUGUGUUGUUUUAAAAUGAUUUUCAAAGGGGACGAUGUAUAAAUAAGAAGAAAUAAGAAAUAAAAACAGAAAAAAGUUGA